AUGGGACGUUCCGCAUACCACCUGGGAGCGCUCCGUCUUCGACUUACACCUGGCCAAAAAGUUGCCGUAUUUGGAAUCGAUAAGAUUGUCAGACAUCUAAUGAAUGUGAGUAGGGGCCCUGUCAAUACCGUGCCCCUCAAUUAUCCCCAGAGCUCAAAGUAUUUGGAACAGAUAUGGGCGCGGCUGAUACCCGUGACAUCUGUCAUGUUCUAG